AUGAAAAGCUUCAUCUUCAUUAAAAGCUUCAUCGAGGCCUUCACAAAGCCCGUCACCACUUCAUCACGCGACUCUUCAUCCUCUCCACAUUUGAAUCAUUUCCUAUAUGGUCUAUUGCCCACCGCUUCAAGGGACACCAUAAAAAACAUCGAUGAUCUCAUUUCCGCUCUGGAGGAUGAGUAUAUCCGAAACGGCCAGGGACGGCGGCUGGAUACAUCAAAUGCAAAUCAAAGCUCUGAGUCUCCGCACGGGACGGGAGCGGCAAAAACGCCGCCAACGGAG